AAUGAUUUGAAAAACAGAAUUCUUCUGAUACAUCAUCAUGGAGAGCUUAGUUUUCUCAAAGUGUUUAUUGUUCAUGAUAGUCUCAGUCUGUUUGAAUGGCUUCUUUUGUUUGGGGUCCUCUGAGGAUGCAAAUUAUCUUAUUGGAGUUGGAAGCUAUGAUAUCACUGGGCCUGCUGCAGAUGUUGUGAUGAUGGGCUAUGGCAACAUAUUUGAACAGAGGGCUGCUGGGAUUCAUUUCAGACUUAGAGCCAGGGCCUUCAUUGUUGCAGAACAAGAAACAGAUAAGAGUGAUGGUGGUAACAGAGUAGUGUUUGUGAACAUGGAUGCUUGCAUGGCAUCACAGUUGGUGACACUACAAGUAUUACAAAGACUCAAGCAUAGAUACGGAGACUUAUACAAUGAGAAGAAUGUGGCUAUAAGUGGCAUCCACACACAUUCUGGUCCUGGAGGUUACUUUCAGUAUUGGUUUUACUCACUUGCAACUCUCGGAUUUCUCAAUCAAUCCCUCAAUGCUAUUGUGGAUGGUGUCGAGCAAAGCAUUGUAAAAGCUCAUGAGAACUUGAGGCCUGGCUCUAUUUUUGUUAACAAAGGUGAAUUGCUUAAUGCUGGAAUUAGCCGAAGUCCAAGUGCAUACUUAAGAAAUCCAGCAGAGGAACGAGAAAAGUACAAACACAAUGUUGACACAGACAUGACACUGCUAAAGUUUGUAGAUUCUCAUUCGGUUCCUGUUGGUAGUUUUAAUUGGUUUCCUACACAUGGGACCUCAAUGAGUCGCCACAACAGACUUAUCAGUGGUGAUAACAAAGGAGCCGCAGCACGAUUUAUGGAGGACUGGUAUAUGCAGCAAGCACAUACCUAUUCAUCAUCGGCACAAAAUUCAACCACUGAGUCUAACCCAUCAAGCAGUAUACACUCACAGAAAACAAAAUCAAGCAUCAAAUCAAUUGCAGCUAGAAUUACAAAAACAGGAGGAAAACCAUGCAGCAAGUCAUCUAGUACGAAGUACCGUGUCCGUAACUCAAAAAUGACAACCUUUGUUGCUGCAUUUUGUCAAUCAAAUGUAGGUGAUGUCAGUCCCAAUGUGAAGGGAGCAUUUUGUGCAGACACAGGAUUGCCAUGUGACUUCAAUACCAGCACUUGUGAUGGUGAUAAUCAAUUAUGCAUUGGCCAAGGACCAGGCUACCCAAAUGAUUUUGAAAGCACAAGGAUAAUUGCUGACAGACAGUUCAAACAGGCUAUUGAUCUUUUCACCAGUGCAAAAGAAAAGUUAUCAGGAAGAAUAGAUUACCGUCAUGUGUACCUUAACUUUACUAACAUUCCAGUGAAGCUUACAGAUAAUCAAGAAAAAAUGGUCACAACAUGCCCUGCAGCACUGGGACCUGGUUUUGCCGCAGGUACCACUGAUGGUCCUGGAGAUUCUGACUUCAAGCAGGGUGAUACUAAGAUUAGUGAAAAAUGGAGAAUUAUCAGAGAUGGACUGAAGAAACCUACAAAAGAGCAAAUUAAUUGUCAAAAGCCAAAAUCAGUUUUGCUUGAUACUGGAGAAAUGUUCGAUACAAUUCCAUGGGCGCCUGCUAUCCUUCCAAUUCAAAUUCUAAGAAUUGGUCAGUUCAUCAUACUUUCUGUGCCAGGAGAGUUCACAACUAUGGCUGGUAGGCGACUACGAGCAGCAGUGAAAGGGACGCUCAUUGCAAAUGGAAAUGGUGAAUACAAUGAUGAUACUUACAUCGUAAUUGCAGGGCUUACCAACACAUACUCUCAAUAUAUUACCACUUAUGAAGAAUAUCAAGCACAACGAUAUGAGGGAGCUUCCACUUUGUAUGGCCCACACACUCUGUCUGCUUAUAUCCAAGAGUUCAGAAAGUUGGCAAAAGCAAUGGCACAGGGAAAUAGCAUUCCUGAUAAUGGUCAAUCUCCCCCAGACCUAUUAGCAGAUCAACAUGACUCAUUGGGGCCUGUUUCUCCUGAUAAGAUACCAUCCACUACAAAUUUUGGUGAUGUCAAAGAAGAUGUAUCAGAGACUUCAUACAAAAUAGGGGAUACAGUUUCUGCUACUUUCUGGUCAGGAAAUCCAAGAAAUGACCUUCUCACAGAAGGCACAUUCUCUGUGGUUGAAUUUUAUGAUGGCAGUAGAAAGUGGAUCCCUGCAUAUGAUGAUGAUGAUUUUAGUGUAUUCUUCAAGUGGGCACAGAAAAAUGAUACAUUUUACGGUGUUGCCACAAUUCAAUGGUCAGUACCAGUUUCUGCAGUUAUCGGUACAUACAGAAUAAGGCAUUUUGGUGCAGCAAGCAUCCAAGGUCAACACCCUGUCAUUCAAUAUUUCACUGGCACAUCUAGUACAUUUUCUAUUUCAAAAUAAAGUAGCUGCUUCAAGUCACUUAACUGAGCAUCUACAAUUUAGAUUUGUGUAGAUCAUAAACCUCAUUAUGUGGCUCAACCACAAAGUGGCUCGUGAAGGGGCUGCAUGGUGCUGAAUUUCAUGUUUGCUUGUCUUAAAUCAUUUUGGUGCAUAUAAGACGAACAUAUCUUGAACAU